GAGAAUCCCUACCUCACACUCCAAACGACCUACAAACCCCGCUGCCACUUUGGUCUCACGUCAAAAGAUCCGGAUUCGCCAUCUUCGUGCCAUAAGCCAGCCCGGGGUGCACUAUCGAAGUACUGCUCGGACGAGUGCGGGAUCAAGUGCAUGCCGAUAAGGACACAGAAGUGGGCUGCGUCGGGCAAGGUGAUGGAGAGGCUUUGGGAGAGUGUGAAGGGGGUGGAGAGGAGGGAGGGGGUCGUU